GUUUUUCCUCCUCUCUUAUACAAUGACAAGGAAGAAGGUCAAGCUAGCCUUCAUCGCCAAUGACUCGGCUCGAAAGGCAACCUACAAGAAGAGAAAGCGAGGCCUAUUGAAGAAGAUGGACGAGUUGACCACCCUAUGUGAUGUCAAGGCUUGUGCCAUUCUCUAUAGCCCGUAUGAGACCCGACCAGUGGUGUGGCCCGCACCAUCCGGUGCCAAAGACGUGAUCGCGAGCUUCAAGAGGCUGCCGGAGAUGGAGAAGGUGAAGAAGAUGGUUAGCCAAGAGGAGUUCCUUAGGCAAAGGGUGGCCAAGGCACAUGAACAACUUAAGAAGCAACAAAAGGAUAAUAGAGAAAAAGACAUGACUCAUGUUAUGUACCAAUGUUUGGCUGGUAAGAGCAUACAAAAUAUGAGUUUAUUAGACCUAAGUGAUCUUACUUGGGUGAUUAAUCAACAUUUAGGUGAUAUUAACAAGAGGGUUGAUGUUUUAAAAAAAGAAAAUAUCCGCCCUAAUAAAAACAAUAAUAACAACAUUAUUAUUCACAAUAAGAGUAAUGCUAAUAAUAAUACUCACUUGGGGGUAGGCUUACCCCCAUAUCAGCAUACAAUGUACCCUAAAACAAAAACAAAAUUGGAAGGCGAGUAUUUGCAAGGACAAGGAGAUGACCUUGAUAUGCAACAAUGGUCAUCAUUCAUGGAUAUGAUGGGUCCGCCGAUCACAUUUGAUCAUCAACCUCCUCCUCCUCCUCCUCCUCCGCCUCUGCCUCUGCCUCCUCAACCACAUCAACAUAAUCAUCAUGGUAUGGCAAUGGGUAAUGGGUCAAUUGGUGUUACAAAUGGUGGUGCUAGUACUAGUAGUAAUACUAGUAAUAACAACAUUAAUAAUGCAAAUAUGAUGACAAUGAUGAUGGGUCAAUUUGGUGAAUACAAUGGUCAUGCUAUUAAUAAUCCAUCUUUGUGGUCCAAUAAUAAUGCUUUCCUCCCUUGAUGGUGAUGAUGUUGAUGAUGGUCAUAAUGAUGAAAUGGCUAUGAUAGUAUGGAAGUAUGGACAUGAUAUGUUGAAGGGGUUGAAUGUUUAUUUUUAUGUUAAAUUAUCUUAUUUUAGUAUUGCAAAUUUUAUGUUUUAUUAGAUGAACACAGAUUUUUCAGCUUUUAGUUUUGGUUAAGAAAUGGAAGAUUGUUUAAAGUGAUAUGUUAUUGGAAUAAUUAAUCUUAAUUCGAGUAUCCUUUUUACUACUAGUAUGUAUUCAAAUUAAAGUAUGCAAUUUCUUGGUUCAAAUUUAUUGUGAUGAAGUAU